AUGGCCGCCGACUCGGACGAAAGAUCUCCGCUGCUCGCUGCGACUACUGAGCACGAAAACGGAUGUGAAGCGAAUGCAUCCCAUGAGUCGUCGCCUCUAUUAAGAAAUCGAAGAAGAUUUUCUGCUACUAACAGCGACCAUCAACAUGACCAUGACGAGUCCCAAGAUCCUCCUAGUAAGGGCGAGGCGCCGCUGCGAAAACCAAGAUGGUCAUCUCUCAUUGCCAUGGCUAUUUUGGCCACUUCAGUCAUAGCGGUUAUGGUCCUCGGCUUUGUUGUGCCGCCGGCCGUCCGGCAAUACGUCGAGAGCGCAGUUGUGUUGGAGCCAACAGACUUAUCGGUCGAAUCCUUGACGGCUGGUGGAGUUCGUGCCCGUAUGAAGGCCACAUUCCAACUUGACGGUUCAAGGGUUAAAGAUGAGAAUGCGCGUCGUGUUGGAAGACUUGCCACAGGCAUUAUGAGACAGCUUGGUACUGCCGAGACCAAAUUGCGCGUAUAUUUGCCUCACUACGACAAUGCUCUUGUCGGUACGGCGGCGCUGCCACCAAUCACACUCAAUCUUGUGGAUGGCCAAGUCACAAACUUGGAUUUCGUGACCGAAAUUGCUCCCGGCGACACGGAUACGAUGCGAAAGGUGGUCAACAAGUGGCUCAAAGGAAACCUCGACACACUCAAGGUCACUGGGGCCACUGCCCUCAGCUUGAAAUCGGGCAUCAUACCACUGGGAACUCAUGACGUUUCAGAGUCUAUGAGCACUCUGGCUAACGCUUUCGCAGCCAAUGAGUUUCCGUCCAUGCCGGCGUAUACCAUGCAGAGCCUCGUUUUCCAUGACGUUCCUGUUGGUGACAAUGGCCAGAUGGGAGUUGGCGCAAACGUAACCAUCACCGCUUACAACGAAUUUCCGAUCGAGCUGACCGUGCCGUCUCUCGGUUUUGAAGUCCUCGUCCCAAACUGUGACCCAUCUCAGUCCAACAUCAAGAUUGCCGCCGCCGUGACGAGUGCAAUUGAGGUGCACGCCCAGUCCAACGUUACUGUAGAGUCGGAAGGCACCAUUCGGGAGCUUCCAGAGAUUCUCAUCAACACGUGCCCUUCAAGUGAGCUGUCACCACUGGACAACUUUAUGAUGCGUUAUCUGCACGGAGAGGAUGCCGAAGUGUUUGUUCGCGGAAAGGCACCUGAGACUGGCGAUCUUCCGGGAUGGGUUGGCGAGUUCAUUGAAAGCAUCACUGUCCCCGUCCAAUUUCCGGGACGCUCAUUGGAUAAUUUCCUACGCAACUUUUCAUUUGAAGACGUCGACUUUAAGUUGCCCAGUCCAUUUGCCGACCCAGGAGACCCGGAUGGCAAACCUCGGGUAUCUGGCACUGUGCAGGUCCUUGCUGCCCUGCCCGCCGACAUGAACAUUAAUAUUGAAGUAAACAGUCUCCGUGCCAACGGCGACCUCCUGUACAAAGGCGCCAAAUUUGGAGAGCUGCGCGUUGAUGAAUGGCAGAAAGCCACUUCGAGUAUUAUCAAGGACCCUGGUGACGAAGAAGACCUACUGAAGGUGGUCGCAAGAAUCGUCGACGCCCCCAUCGAUAUUACCGACGACGAGACAUUCUCAGAUAUCAUACAGAAGCUUCUAUUCGGCGACAAAGAUGUCACCCUCGACGUCGAUUCCACCGUGGAUGUCAAGGUAUCGACUGUUCUCGGCGACCUUGUCAUAAGAAAAGUGCCCGCAAGGGGCAAAGUUCCUGUGAAACACAUGCCUGGGGACACACUCGCAGCCUUGAACCCGCAGGUCGGGGAGGUGCAUAUCCUCAACACCUCUAGUACAGGCGUGCAUAUACAGGCAUCAGUCAACCUCACGAACCCCACACCAUACACAGCAUCGAUACCAUACGCCAAUAUACAUAUUAUUGAAGACGAUCUCUUGAUUGGCGAAGCUAUUACGAAGAACUUGCAUCUUAAAUCUGAUAACAAUACAAACAUCAUAGUGGAGGCAACAUGGGAUCCUCACUCCUUUGGAGGAAAGAAAGCCCACAAAGCAGCUCGUCGUCUACUAUCAGAAUACUUGUCAGGAAAGAACACAACCAUAGCGCUGCGAACACACAACGGCACAAUUCCGACAAUGCCAAUCAUUGGCGAAGCCUUGUCCAAAAUUAACAUAACAUUAUCAACACCGCGACUAGAGCUACCAGGUGAGGAAGGAAAAGAAGGCCAGGGCUUCAUUCGAGACGCCACGUUCCACAUUCUUUCAUCUACUGCAACAUUCAUGCUUGCCUCACCGCUGCACCACGACACGGUUCAUAUAGAGUACAUCAACGCUACAGCCUUUUACAACCAUACAGAGCCUGUUGGCCAAAUUACACGCAGGGAAGCAUUCGACGUCCCGCCGGGAUUGUCGCAAACUCCACGACUACCGGUUGAAUGGUCGGCCGACCACGUCGGCUUUGAUAAGCUUAGGAAAGCAGUCGGCGGGAAAUUGAAGCUGGAUGCGGUGGCGGACGUUACAGUCAGGAUGGGAUACUGGGUCGAGACGGUCCAUUAUAUGGGCAAGGCCAUUGGUGCCAAGGUCUCUUUGUGA